AUGGCAGCCACGACCAGAUAUCAUAGGCUUGAAAGCCUUCCGAGACAUGAGGUCGAGAAGUUGACGAGGAAUACGAAGAAUAUUCGGAACGUGUCUGUUCUCUCAUUAGGGCACCAAAAAUCGAACCUGGCGAGUCUUUUCGCGCAGAGCGCUUCUGAUGCUGGUCGUGAUGAUGGAGCUCAGGACACUGAUGACUGCGACACCCUCGCGAAGCAAAUUGUGCAGUCAUUCUCCGUGAAACUCGAGGCAGCGAACCAAAAGAAGCAAAAUCAGAACGGAUAUCUUCUCAACCUCAUCACGGACCCUGACUGCCCGGUCCAGCCCCAGGCUGCUGCAUUAAGCCUGCGCAUCACAGACGGCGCUAUCAUCGUGCUGGAUGCUGGAUUGCGAAUAUGGUCCCAAGCAGAAGGACUUCUUUCUACGGCUAUAUUAGAAAGGAACAAAGUUGUCAUCCUGUUGGACAUCGAGUCGCUUCUUGCCCGACGCCCGAGCAAAGAGGAUCUGUAUCAGACGCUUAGCGCUCAGAUCCGCACCAUCAAUGCCAUUAUUGAGAGAUCCGGGCAGUCCCUCGGUCAGGCGCGCAUAGCUCCGGUGGUUGGGAAUGUUGCGUUUUCCUGUCUUGCUCACGGCUGGGCAGUCAGCCUCCCCCAGUUUGCGGCUCUAUGCAAAAAGAGGUUUGGCAUGCCAUCUGAGAACUUGGCUGGGCGUCUUUGGGGCGACAGCUACUUCGACUCUGAGCGCUGCGUAUGGAGCCAGGAAGCAGGGUAUGACGGGACAGCAUCCGACCGAUCCUUCAACGCAUUCAUCCUGGGCCCAAUUUUCGAGAUUUACGACGCAUACAAGUCAGACGGUCACCGAGUCCAGGAUAUCCUCGACACGUUUGGUAUUACCCUCGACGCAGAGCAGCAAUUAUCAGGCGAACGCCUCCUCCAGGCUGCUAUGCACAGGCUAUUCCCUGCAUGCGACACCAUCCUCGAGAUGAUAUGCACACAUCUCCCAUCGCCAGUAUCAGCUCAACAAUACCGCUCAGAGUGGCUAUAUCAAGGCCCCCUCGACGACGAAGCCGGGGCUGGAAUCCACACGUGCGACGAGAAUGGACCGCUCGUGCUCUACAUAACACGGUCCAUGCCUACGGCAGAUGACAAGAGCGUUUACUUCCUCGGUCGCGUUCUCUCAGGGACAGUCACAGCCGACCAGGAUGUGAGGACACUUCAGGGGCACUGGAGAUCACCGCGUGGGGGGAGCAUUACAAGAACAAGUAUUAUCGCUGGGUUGGCAGCGUUGACUGUUGACUCUGUACCCGUUGGCAAUAUCGUCGCGGUUCAGGGCAAGCUCCUGACGUCCUCUAGCAGCCAGCAGAGCGAGAGUGAGCCCUUUACGAUUACAGCCUCGGACGUAGCCACGAGGUGCAGGGAUAUGACUUUUAUGGAUAUGGCUGCGCUGUACGUCACCGCGGGAAUGAAGGACGAGGCGGAUGCGCCGUUUCUCGUCCUUGGUAUCAGGUCGCUGUCACGGUCAAAUCCGUAUAUAAAUGCAUUUGUCAACGACCAGGGCCAAUAUGUCAUUCAUGGCUUCGACGAGCUCCAGGUGCAAACGGCCGUUAAAGAGCUUCGAGCCCUCCUCGGCGGACGACGCAUCAGGAUAUCCGAGCCACUCUUUCGCUACCGAGAAGGCAUAAAAUCCCCCUCUGAAGAAACUUGCAUGGCGCGAUCCCCAAACAAGAAGAUACGCCUCUACGUCCGCGCCAGCCCUCUCUCUGAACAGCUCACAAAGGGAAUCUCCUCGGGCGAAAUCCCCACUGUACGCGACUCCGACCGGCGCACUAAAUACUUAGCCAACAGUCACCGCCCUGCCUGGCCCCCCGAGGUCGCUGAGAAGAUCUGGUCCUUCGCACCUCUCGGCAGCGGGCCCAACAUCCUCGUCGACUCAACAGUCGCCGUCCAGUACGUCUCGGAAGUGCGGGAUAGUCUGACCUCUGGGUUCCAGUGGGCAGUCCACGAAGGUCCUUUAUGUGAGGAACCGCUUCGCGGGGUACGGAUUGACGUGGUGGAUAUUGUGAUGAUGACGGAUGCGCGGGGGCGCGGUGGGGGCCAGCUCAUACCAACUAUGCGGCGUGCGGUUUAUGGGUCUGUGCUCAGGGCAAGCCCGUUUUUGCUUGAGGGGGUCUAUGCAGUUGAGGUGCAUGUUUAUAUUGAGUUUGUGGAUGUUGUGAGAGGGAUACUUGGUGAUCGAAGGGGAGUCGUCUUCAAUGACGGAUUGGAUCCCUCGGGCUUGCAUGUCAUGCAGGCGCACAUCCGUUCUGGCCAGGUAGUAGGACUUCAAGAGGCGAUUAUGUCUGCUGCUGGUGAGUCUAGCUACGUGUGUAUAUGGUGCGAUCGUUGGGAGGAGUUCGAGGGAGAUCGAGAAGCGCUCGUGCGCAGUAUGCGCGAGCGCAAGGGGCUGUCGCCGGCAGUACCUUCUUGGGAGACUUUCUGUGGAUCCGUUUAAUUGAUUGGUAAGGCCUCAUACAACGGCUGUUAGCUGAUUCUAGUCCU